UAUGUCAAUGAAAGGGCUCAAUUUUCUAAUCAAGAUGCUCUGUUCAUCGGUGGAAGAUCAGCAAGUCACCGGUGCUCGUGCACUGACUGCAUUGGCUAACAGAGCAACGUAUCUUAUUCCCGAUGAAUCAGCUGCCUCAUCUUCAACUUCCAAGGUCAUUCUCGGGGAGCAAUAUGUGAACAAUCCUGUGAUGUCUGAUGUUACCUUUUUGAUCGAAGGCAAAAGAUUAUACGCUCACCGAAUGUGCUCACUCUCCUCAGAUGCAUUUCGUGCUAUGUUCGACAGGAAUUAUCGAGUUCCUUUAUGCGGGAUCGGUGGAUAUCACAAUCACCAUGGCAUAUGAUGUCCUGGUAGCCGCCGAUCAAUAUCUCCUCAAGGAACUCAAGGAGAAGUGCGAGCAGGUCUUUGCACAGAAUCUGUCAACUGAAAAUGCCUUGUCUACAUACCACAUGGCCGAAGCCCUGAAUGCAAACUUCUCUACCCGAACCUAUUUCUUGUUAUGGUUCAGCUUUCUCGUCAUCUCCCGUGCUGAUCAGUUUUCCUUUUUGAUGCGCAAUUGAUUCUUUCAGGUCCUCUGAAUUGGUCCAACGCAUAACACCCAUUAUUCAGGUUUACUUUGCCAAAGCACUAGUCCCGCCCAACCACCCGUCUCCUGGCAAUGUAGUCCUAAGAAAGGUGCUUAAGUGCAGUCUUAGGAUCAAUCAUCGCUUAUGCUUGAGCCAAUGGCUGGGGCCAUCUUCUCAUGCUGUGAAGCAAAAGGAAGCAUUUGUGCUCUGCUCUUUCGGGAGAUUCGGUCUUCCAUCCUUGAGUAAAUAAUAGGUCUAUUCAGUAACCGGGACAGAAUGAUUAGCCCCGUUUAGAUUUCGUUGCCUGUGCUGUUUUUGACGUUCUGGUCUCUAUUAGAUUCCUAGGGGCAGAAUUGUAUAUGUAAGCAUGCAGAAUUGUAUAUGCAAGCAUCACGGGCUCGAGGUGCCACUGUAGAAAAGCAACUCCAGAUACCCAGGCCGG